GCCAUUCCUCGAUGUUGGCUUUUCUUAUUGCUCUUUCUCGACGUGAACUCAGCUCUUGAUCACCGCUGUGUGAAUAUUGAUACCAACACCUCGGACCAUUCGGAAAUUCUGAUCCGAUGCGCGACGGCCUGGCCAGACUUUUGCUUCAUUUGAUGUAAACCCGCGCCUUGACGGCGGCGCUACAUUACUUUUCGGCAAAAAACAAAAACAAAAACAAUGGCUCUCUCAAAGUCGAAUAGGAUUAUUAUCCUGUUGGUUAUUGAUACGGCUUUUUUCCUACUUGAGCUGAUUGUUGGAUAUGCCGUGCACUCGCUUGCCCUUGUUGCUGAUUCAUUUCAUAUGGUAUGGUUUUAUCAAUAGAGCUUCUCGUUGGAUGGCCCUGCUUCAGUGGUCGCUUUUGAAAUAUAUGUUAAAGAAUAUGCUAACUCGCCACAGCUCAACGAUGUUCUGUCCUUGAUUGUCGGAUUAUGGGCCGUCAAGGUCGCGAACCAGGAGUCUAACUCCAAGACAUAUACCUACGGCGUAAGCCAAACGACUGAUAGGUCUCUAAUGUCAGCUCAUUAUCAACUAACAUUUAUAGUGGCAACGUGCGGAAACUCUAGGAGCCCUAGUCAACGGCGUGUUCUUGGUGGCGCUGUGUAUGUCGAUUUUCCUGGAAGCGAUCCAACGACUCGUUGAACCGCAAGAAGUAAAAAAUCCCAAGUUGGUUAUGAUUGUUGGCUGCUUUGGCCUACUUUCCAAUAUACUCGGCCUUGUACUCUUUCACGAUCACUCGCACGGCCACGGACCGGAAGAACAGGGACAUGAACAUGCGCACAGCGAGGAAGGGGAUUUGCAUGCCGCAGAGGAAGGUCAUAUCCAUGAACACACCACACACAAGAUGGCCGACGAACGUGAAACUGUGGCCAGCAUUAUGCCCCAGAAUGUGGUGGGCGUCCAGCGGACUGAUACGGAGGAUGUUGGCGAACGGCCGCAGAUUAUUGGUAAUGAGAAUCCUCCGGCUUCACCAUCGAAUACAGCCAGAAGCCGUGGACAGGCUUCUCAUCGACGUACUUCGCGCGGGUCGCGAGGCUUUGCCAAUCUGGACGAUAUUUACGUCCACCCGGGUGAUCGGUAUCAAAAUAUUAUCAAUGCCAGCCAUAUCGAUGAUGAGAGUACAUCGGGAACGGAGUCUGAAGAUAGCGGCAACAACGAUUCUUCUGCGAACGAGCGUACACAGUUACUUGGAAGUCAAGCCCGCACGCCACGAUAUAUCGACGGUGACAGCGUUGCGGCAUCAAAGGCGGCCAAGGUCGAUACUCAUCGAACCCAUAAUCACGCCAAGCCGAAGACAGCUAAAAAAGGGCAUGGAGGGCACUCGCACGGGGAUCUCAACAUGCGAGGAGUGUUUCUGCAUGUCAUGGGUGACGCGUUGGGUAAUAUUGGUGUUAUUGCCUCUGCAUUAAUUAUUUGGUUGACCGAUUACUCCUGGAGAUUUUAUGUCGACCCGGGCAUUUCACUCGUCAUUACAGUGAUCAUCCUCUGUUCCGCAAUUCCGCUCUGCAAAGCCGCCUCUAGAAUUCUUCUACAAGCCGUCCCGGCAGGAAUGAGCAUAGACCAUAUCCAAGAAGAUAUCAACAGCAUUCGUGGCGUUGUCAGCUCUCACCAUCUGCACGUAUGGCAAUUGAGCGACACCAAACUUGUUGCAUCGAUACAUAUCCAAGUCGGAAGCGAAAUCAAGGACGAAGGCUCCGAUAGCUACAUGGACAUCGCGAAGGAGAUUCGGCGCUGUCUACACGCCUAUGGAAUCCAUUCGUCCACUAUUCAACCGGAAUUCACUCCGGACACAGAUACUGAGAGUCAAAAUGGUGCUUCGCCAUCUCAUAGUGGCGAUAAUCCUCGCAUGAGUCGUAUUCCUAGCAGUGCUAGCAGUUUCGGGGAUGCCUGUCUGUUAGACUGUGGUGAUGAGUGUCCUCGUGGACAAUGUUGUCCUAAGAAGUAAUCUCUUCGACCGAUAACUAUAAUUACCCACCCUUAUUCAUAUCUUAUUCAUAAAAUAUAACCUAUUUGUAAUAACCCGAAGACGCAAUCUAUCAAUCCUCUCAUUCUUCGUCCAUAUGCCUUUUUUUCCGGCUUCUCAUCAUAAAGCGCAACCCUCGGCUAUUUGUCAAAAGUGCCUGACUUUGGUGUCCUCUAUUCAUUGCUUUUCCUUGGGUCUGGGCGGGAAGGGCAAGUGUUACUGGAAUUUGGACUUGUUGAAUACGGCGUUUUGUUGAUAGAUAUGACCGUGUUCAUGUCAUUAUAUUCUUUGCCUAUGCAUAUCAAUUUACUUUUCUAUC